AUGGAUGCCGCCCGCGCCUUCAAAUUAGAUUCAAGGCCCUCAGCGGUUACGAACCGGCCUUCGAGCGGUGGGCGCAGCCCCUCACCUACGGGAUUCGGAGGUCUCUACAGCCUCAGGGACCCCCGCGCAUCCUCAGCCCAGUCCUUGACACCCUCACUUCCCGAGUACGAGGAAAUCGAACGGCGCACGCUGCUGAUUAUCUACAUUCAUGGCUUCAUGGGCAAUGACUCUUCAUUCCAGUCCUUUCCAGCUCAUGUGCACAAGUAUCUCAAGCUGGCCCUCGCCGACACUCACCACAUCCACACCAAGAUCUAUCCCAAAUACAAGACAUACAAGGCCAUCGAUGUAGCUCGCGACAACUUCAGCAAAUGGCUGGAACCACACGAGUCCCCCAAGACCGAUGUCAUCCUCGUCGGUCAUUCAAUGGGAGGGUUGCUGGCUGCCGACGUCGCCCUGAUGCCAUCCGCAGACCAAGUUGAUCACCGUUACUUGCGACAUCGCAUCCUAGGGACAGUGAACCUGGAUGCCCCUUUACUUGGCCUUCACCCGGGUAUUAUAGUAUCUGGUAUCUCUAGUCUCUUUCGGAAGAUCGAGCCACCAAAGCCACCGGGGGAGCCAGCCUUUCAGCCCAGGUCCAGCCAGGCCGCAUCAGGUAUCACCUCACCAACUGAGUCGACAUACUCCCGGCCGUCCAUGGCGUCUGAAAUGUCACUAGCUUCGCCAACAUCGCCAGGGCAGUUUGCCCCCCCUGCUUCAACCCUUGACCCUUACUUCAACCCUGCUUUCCCCAAUGAUGUCCGUCGCGAAGACCGGCCUUGGUGGAAGAACGUCGUCCAUUUCGUGCAGAAGCACAACUCGGAGGGACUGAUCGACGCAGCCUCUCAUCAUAUCAUGUCUCAUCUAGAAUUCGGUAGCUGCCUGAUGGAUCUGAACGGCCUCAAGACCAGGUACGAGAAUAUUCGCAAGUUGGAAGACGUGGAUGAUCUCAAACAUUAUGGCUUUCCCCACGUUCCACCUCAAGUUCGUUUCAUUCAGUAUUAUACGAUAUGCCAUGGGUAUCCCAAAAAGCCCAAGACGCAGAACCCCGAAAAAGAAGAGGACUCUUUGAAGUCCAAAACAAACGUCAGCUCAGAGGCUGCCACACCAGGGAUAUUCACCGAGGACCCUAUAAACACUGCAACCAACCAACCAAUCUCGACCGAGGACCACAGCAACGACCAUAACCGCGACUCAAAACCUCUGAACUCUUUUGAUGCAACCCACAAGGAGGGUCUUGCCCCGUUGGACGAGUCCGAUGGUUCCCGCUCAAGCAUGGAGAUGCUCGACCCCGCUCCUAUGCUUGAUGAAACUGAACACCCUGACUCAACGGGGACAGCCGGCGUAACUGACCAACCGCCUGAAAAGGACAGCCCACCAGUUGAGCCAGAGCCACAGUCUGUUCAGGCUGUGGAUGAAGAUCCCAACACCGACACGAUUGAUGCCAAGCCUCCAGAGGGUGCCUCUCUGAUGGAACGGUCCUCAACAGUCGACAAGGCGACAACAGCGGAACUCACGGAUGCAGUAACGGAUCUCGAUCUUGACCUUCCCACAAUACCGGAAUUGCCUCCGAGACCGGAGCUGCCUAAUCUAGAGCAGUACACAGAUAAAGACGCGCGGAAACAGGCCGAGAAAGAGGGGAAGAGGGUACAGAAGGCUUACGACCAAAGUGUCAAGAACCGUGAGAAGGCAAUCAAAGAGCGGCAGAAGAUCAUUGACAAGCGGAAGAAGAAGAGAGCUCAGGAGGCUGAAAAGCGCCAAAAGGAGGCUCAGAAGCAACGGCAGAAGGACGAGGCUGCCGCCACUGCCGCAGUCGCAGCGGCCAUGAAACACGAGGCAUCCUUGCCAGAGAACACACCUGGGACCACACAGUCUGCCGCUGCUCUCAGCCAGCAGAUGUCAGGAGCCUCGUUAGACGAUUCUAGCUUGAUGUCGCCAGAGUCACGAGCACUCACCGACCAACAAGACAAGACUAAGCCCCCAAAGAAGAUGAAGGAUCGCAAGUUCAUCAACGUUCCCAAGGUCAACGGGGAGGUCGAUCCGAAAUGGGUUAGGAUCUUCAUGAAGGAUAUCGACGAGACCGGCGCGCAUACGGGCCUCUUCUUCUCGGGGGAGCACUACGAGAAGCUCGUGGGUGAUGUUGGUGACACGAUCGUGAAAUGGGUCCAUGAGGAUAUGACGAAACGGGCCAUUCUGGAGAUAGGGGUAGAUUGA